AUGUUGCUGCACAUGGACGCAGACUACCAUCACAUCUUCGAUGACUGUGAAGAGGCGUGGGUCGCGUGGGCGCGCUUGAAGACGCUGUACGGCGGGUCUCAGAAGGCUGGACGCAUCUACGUGGAGCGCCAGCUGUUCAGCAUGGAGAUGGCGGAAGGCGGCAAUGUGAUGCAUCAUUGCAACGAAGUCCUCAACAUCAGCGCGAAGCUCAGCAGCAUCGGCGCCAAGAUGGAGGACGGGGACGUGGAGAUCUGCUUGUUGUGCAGCCUCCCCAACAGCUACGAGAACGUCGUUCUCAACUUGGAGAUGAGCAGCUCGGAACUGCGAUCGCGAGACGUCGUGAGAGUGCUCACGAAUGAGCACAUCAAGAGGCAAGGUGACAAGACGAUAUCGGUGAAGACUGAAGACGCGGAGAAGGCGUUCAGUGCCGAGCGUGAACCUCGCCAGUGUACAUACUGCGGAAAAUUGGGGCACACGGCGGAGCGGUGCUGGACCAAGCAGAAGGACGAAAAUCAAGGUGGAGCUCGACGCGGCGGCAACAAUGCUCGUGGACGCGGAGCCAACAACGUUCAGUGGCGAACCAACAGCAACUACGACGACAACUACGAUCCAGUUGCGUUCGCGGUUUCGCUGGAGGCUGGACUUUCGACGGGCAAGAAUAUGCCAGGGAUGUGGGCAGUCGACAGCGGUGCGACGCAUCACAUCUGCAACGACAAGGCCAAGUUUGCAAGCCUGAAUGAGCGAGAGGAAGGCGAACUAUCAGUGGCUGAUAGAAGGCUGCGACCAAGGGUGUGGGAACCAUCAUGGAACGGGUGGUUCUGCCCAAUGGUGACGAACGCGAUAUCGAGAUAA